GUCACAUGACCAGUGCAGGACCAGCCCCCCUCCGCUGGCAGACAGUGCACUGAGCUGACAGAGGGGAGUAAAGGAAACAGAAAGAGUUUGGGAACUCAGAGCCGAGGAAUUACAGCAGAUCAUCCCGCCGCGCUGUGAGUGAGAAGAUUCCCCCCUCUGGAACUCAAAGUGGACUGAUCUCCAUCUCUCUUUGUGCGACUCUAACCUACAGCGGGAUAGCUAGAGCUAAAGAAGAUGAGUAUGACACGAGGUUGCCUGCUCUGCAUCAAGAUCACCAUGUUCAUCUUUAAUCUUAUAUUCUGGCUGGGAGGAUGUGGCAUCCUUGGGGUUGGAGUGUGGUUGGCCGUCACCCAAGGGAAGUUUGCCACCCUCUCUGUCUCUUUUCCCUCAUUGUCAGCAGCCAGUCUCUUCAUGGUGACUGGCUCUAUCAUCAUGGUGGUGGGCUUCAUUGGUUGCCUGGGGGCUGUGACUGAACACCGAUGCCUGCUGCUGACGUUCUUUGUGAUUCUUCUUAUUAUAUUCCUACUUGAGAUGAUCAGCAUGGCGCUCUUCCUUACUUACACAGAGCAGUUUCAUAAUUAUGCGCAGGAGGAUCUGAAAAAAGGUCUUCAACUGUAUAAUACAACUGGAAAUCUUGGUUUGACCAACGCCUGGGACAUAGUGCAGACGGAGUUCCGAUGCUGUGGAGUAAAGAAUGCCACAGAUUGGCUGGAAUCAAAAGGCAGCGUGCCCCAUACUUGCUGUGUUGAGCACAGUCCUGCCUGCAAGUCCAACCCAAAGCUGUGGUGGGAAGAAGCAUGCUAUAACAAAGUGAGGAAUUGGGUUGAGAGCAACAUCCGGUCCGUGGGGAUAUUUGGAAUCUGUAUCCUUGUUGUACAGGUCUUUGGGCUGAUCUUUUCCAUGCUGAUGUACUGCCAGGUUGUCAAAGCCGAAAAGUAUUAUGAAUAAUCCACAAGGGGAUGACCAAGGGCAGUGCGUUGCUGCGUUGGUGCAAGUAACACGCACUAGGAUUGUGCCUAUAUAUAAACUGCAAAACUUUUAAUUCCACCUCCUGGACCAGCAUCUGAUCAGAUAUCUGUACUGGAGCUGUCUCUGCCAGCCGCUGCGAAAACUAUAUUUUAUCCUCCAGGAGCUCAAACAUGGCUGCCAAAUGCAGGUCUUUAUAACCAAAACCUGGCUUGUAUAUAACUUGUCUUUCUUACUGACGAGGAGCGAACGUGUUUAUUGUAAGAGAUGAAGUCAUUAAAUGAACUUGGAACUCUUGGUGUAUGCGGAUACAUAUGGAAUGCUAUGCAUGACAGCGCGAGUCUAAGGCAGAGGAAAAACUCAGCUUGGUCAGUGGGGACUGUCAUUGACACUAUGAGAUUAUCCCUGAGGUGCCACCGUUCCUCUUGAGGCCAAAGCCACCUAAUUCCAUGUCCAUGGGAUAAGGCAAGAAAUGUUACCUGGCAAUGGGCUGUGAAUUUCCCAAUAGAAAAUCUUUGGAUUUCCAUUAAUAUUGGCUAGAGAUACAUUGGGUUCAUAACCUGCAAAAGGACCAUUAACACCAAUAAAUGAAAAUGCCUUAAAUGUCUGCAUUAUGUCUAGAACGCACAGGGUUUUUAAGGAAAACAUUUUCUUUUUUCCGGCAGGCCAUAAAUUUAUGUUGUUCCUUUACAUGCCAAUGACUGGGUGGGACUUAAUUUAGACAGAGAUUAAAGAUGGCUGAACACAGCAACCACACUGCAUAGAAAGGCAGAAUGUCAACUUAAAAAAAAAUAAUUUUUGAACAUGUACAGCACUGAGGUACAUGAUAUACCGGCUCAAAUGGAUCGAUUUCAUUGUUGGUGUUACUGGUCCUUAGCACAAGGACAUAUAAGGUUAAUAAUUCCCUCUUUAUCCUCUCCCAGCCGGGCAUGUACAGAGCACAAUAAAUGGGCAUUAGGAGUCAUUUGAUUUUGCAUUCCUGUAAGAAUAUAUAUAUUUUGAAGCUGAUAUUUGCAGUUAUCAAUACAUUGGUGGUAACAGAGAGCAGUUUGGGGCAUCUGGUUAACUUUGGGGUGCCACUUGUUGUCCUUUAGAAUGCAAGAAUCCAAAAUAGUCAUCAACUGUCAAGCAACAGCCUUACUUCUGAAAGUGCCACCUUUUAGGUUCAUGGCAGCCAACAAUACAAUACCCGGCAUUUGUUUGCCAGACCAAAAGCUGAUGGUGGGUGCAGUAAAGGCUUUCUAGUUCUACUUGUUUAGUUAUGUUGGAAGGAACCAUUAGGAAGGGUGUUUUCCCAGUUCCAGGUGUAUAAUAAUAUAUAACAGCUGUCCCAAUGGCUGCUGGGCCACAGUGGUGUAGAAAGUCCUGCUUGAUUUUUUCUCAUACUUCAGAUAUGUAGGGCCCAAGAAUGUUCCUGCAGGACCCAGUAUGGCAUUAUUAAGAGUUCUCAUUUCUGAGAGACACUGAAAUGUUGCUUGGGGAGUUGUAGUUCCACAUGCACUGAGAACAUCAUGAUAUCCUUGCCUUACACAGUUAACAGCACAUUAUGCAGAUACAGUAGAUGUAACCAAACCUCUUACCAUAGGCUUACAUCUUAUGAGACUUGGGCAAUGAGAGUAGAGGAACUUACUUCUGAUACUGGCUUAAUCAGAAUAGGGGAUCUGAAUUAGGAGAUCGGGCCAAUCAGGAUAGGGAAACUGAAUUAGGAGAUCGGGCCAAUCAGGAUAGGAAAACUGAAUUAGGAGAUCGGGCCAAUCAGGAUAGGGAAACUGAAUUAGGAGAUCGGGCCAAUCAGGAUAGGGAAACUGAAUUAGGAGAUCGGGCCAAUCAGGAUAGGGAAACUGAAUUAGGAGAUCGGGCCAAUCAGGAUAGGGAAACUGAAUUAGGAGAUCGGGCCAAUCAGGAUAGGGAAACUGAAUUAGGAGAUCGGGCCAAUCAGGAUAGGGAAACUGAAUUAGGAGAUCGGGCCAAUCAGGAUAGGGAAACUGAAUUAGGAGAUCGGCCAAUCAGAAUAGUGGAACGGAAUUAGGAGACCAGGCCAGAAUAUGAGAACCAUAUUUUGUGAGCUUCUGCCCCUUUAGAAUAAAUGGGAAAUAUCUCGGAUCCAGACAGUGUGAUUCCAUGUCCCAUCAUAGCUUUUAUCGCUGUGACAUUGGCAAGCCUCUGACAGUGUUGGCAACUUCUCACAAAACCAGUGUAAACGCUAUUAUUUUUGGAAUAUUGUAUUUUGAAUUCUCAUCCAAUGUAACUAUUAAGAUCAGCUGGCACAAGGUAUGCCAAUGACCACCCUCUGCUUUGUAUACCAAUAAAGUUUUUUUAAUGCA